AUGGAACACGCGUUCGGUUCGAAUGACGUCUCAUCGAACACCAUCGAACCUGAUUCGGUCCGCACAGGUUGGGGCGAGCAGUUCUGGGAGGAAGGACCGGCGGCGUAUCUCGGUACGGACCACACAAGGAACUCCUCCUCGUUGCACUCGCCGGGACUGCACCCCGCCGCCGCCCAGUGGAUCGUGGACAACCGUGACGUGAAGGCGGUCGGGAUUGACACCCUCUCGGCGGAUCCUGGAGAUUCGACGACGUAUGAAACUCACCUGAUCCUCCUGCCCAACAACGUCCUCAUCCUAGAGAACGUUGCCCACCUGGACGAGAUGCCCCCUACCGGAUCCACCGUGUACGCCAUGCCCAUCAAGAUCGGUGACGGAAGCGGAGCUCCCUCUCGAAUUUUCGCAAUCGUGGAUGGCCGAACCAGCGCAGCAGGGCCGACAACACCAAACAUGGCCGUCAUCUUUUCAUCAAUGACUGCACUUAUCGGUGUCUUCCUGACUUUUGCAUGAAAGCAUACUUUCAUGAAAAUAGUUUAAUGGAAAGAAAGGUGCACGUGGAUGGAAAAAUCCAAAUGUUAUCAAAUUUUUCAAACUUUAACUCCGAGAAAAAUUCUAAGGUGAUCAGUAGGGUGCCUUAUGUUGUGUUAUAGCGUUUUCUAUGUUCUAAUAGAUUCAAGGACAUGUAUACAGACAUCAAUCUAAAUUUUAGGGUGUUGAAGUUGAAGUCUUGCUCCAUGUAUAUGUAACGUUAGAUGUAUAUGCAGGGCUCGAAAUACUGGAUGCGCACCCAGUUUUUUCCUGUGGGUGCACCAGUGCACCCAAAUACUUUUGUAGGUAUUUUUGCACAUUGAUGUAUAUAAUAAUAUAUUACAUGAUAUUCUUGGCAUCUAAUUAAGUAUCAGAAAAAUAAUAAAAUCUUUGUUGUAGUGUUUGUUUUGUUUUAUAACCACCCCACGUGCACCCCGGUAAUUAUCGACAGUAUAUCAGUCUGGCUGUUUUUAUUUCUCCUAUAAUAUAGGGUAAUAAUGGUGUAGCCGUUAAAUCAAAAACGUUUCUGAAAUAAGAAAUGAAAAAAAAAAACUGAUGUACUGCUGCAUACAAAAUGGAACACGCGUUCGGUUCGGUUCGUCACACCAUUGUGACAUGCGAACAUGAUUGGGGUUCGAAAAAAGUCUACGAAUGUUGGGGCACGGCCCAAAAUGAUGACACACUUAGUUCGUUAGUCCAUCGUAGUUUAGAGCGCUGCCGGCCGUUUGAAGUUGGGGCCAGCGUAGCCUCCUUCGCAGUCUUGUUGGGCGUCGGCGUUAUUUUUUUCUCUGAGCGACGCGAGUAAUAUGCGGCCGCGAGGGACGAUUUGCUGCCGAGGGAGUUUUUGCCACGGAGAGAAGGUUUCGCGCGCAAAAACUACCUCGGCAGCAAAUGGUCCCUCGCGGCCGCAUAUUACUCGCGUCGCUCAGAGAAACUAGAUAGUAAUAUUAGCGGUUGCUAAUAUAGACAGGUUUGCGUUGUACAUAGUCAUUGUAGUGUAACUUACAAUAUGUUUUUUGUGUGUGCUUUACCUUUUACAGGGUUCCUUCUCAUC